AUGGAUGACGUGCCAGCAGAUCUUGGCCCCGUUGUCGCAGUAUCCACGGGCACGUAUCAUACCUGUGCGAUACGAGCAGAUGGUCAGCUGAUUUGCUUCGGGCUGGAAGACUAUGGUCGGUGCGAGGUACCAGAAGAUUUGGGACCAGUUCAGGCAGUUUCGGCCAAUCUGUAUCAUACCUGCGCUGUGAGGACAGAUGGUCAACUCGUUUGUUUUGGUGGCCACUUGCCAGGCCACAGUGAUGUGCCAGCAGAUAUGGGGCCUGUUCUGGCAGUCUCCGCGGGAAGGCAUCACACCUGUGCAGUGAAGACAGAUGGUCAGCUGGUCUGCUUUGGAUCAGGCUCUCAAGGAAAUCUCAACGUGCCAGCAAACCUUGGACCAGUCAUGGCUGUGUCCGUAGGAACGCGUCAUGCCUGUGCAGUGAUGACGGAUGGCAAGCUGGUCUGCUUUGGCUUAGAUGACGACGGCAAAUGCGACGUGCCAGAAGACUUAGGACCAGUUCUGACCGUGUCUGCAGGCGCCUAUCACACAUGUGCUGUCAAAACAAGUUUUCAGCUGAUUUGUUUUGGCCGCAAUGAUGCUGGGCAAUGCGAUGUGCCCUCUGAUGUGGGACCGGUCGUGGCUGUCUCUGCUGGAGUUCAUCACACUUGCGCAGUUCGCAUGGAUGGUCGGCUGGUUUGCUUUGGCUCUGAAGAGUAUGGUCGCUGUGACGUGCCUGGCGAUGUCCAACCAGCCACAUCAGCGUAG